CGUGGCAACCCUGCGAAGAUGAGGACGUCGAACUUAAAGACAAAGCAGUUGAAGAUGUGAGAGUGGAGAUCAUGCCACGCACGAAGUCUACUUAUUUUCCUUUUGAAGUAAAAGCGAAAUAUAUAUGAACUAUUAUUCUUGAGGUGUAAGGACAAGAGAAAAAUACACAGAAACCUGAUAAAGUGAAUCACAGCCAAAUUAAUAAUGGAGAAAAUACCUUUAAAAGUGCGCCCUCUUAUAGUAGUAUCCUUGGCAGUGGUCGUUUAUUACAACUCAUUGGGUGGCGAGCUUGUUUUUGAUGACGUUGCAGCAAUUCAGGAUAACAGAGAUGUUCGACCACACAACCCGCUUUAUAACUUAUUCGUUAAUGAUUUCUGGGGAACCCCUAUACACAAGGAACAAAGUCACAAAUCCUACCGUCCACUAUGUGUGCUGUCAUUUCGCCUCAACUACGCCGUCCACGAGGUUCAGCCGUUUGGUUACCACGUGGUGAACGUGCUACUUCAUGCCGUUGUAUGUUUUCUUUACUUCAGAACGUGCCUGCUGUUUCUAUCGUCUCUUGCAAGUUUUGUGGCGGCUUUAAUAUUCUCUGUUCAUCCUGUUCACACCGAGGCCGUAGCCGGGAUAGUCGGUAGAGCGGAGCUUUUAUCAGCCAUCUUUUUUCUCAGUGCCUUAAUGUACUACGUGAAAAACAGGCACUCUUCACAUGGGACAGCGAGCUGUUUUUUCUACGGACAAGACUUAUGGAGCUGUGGAGUAACUCUUGUGCUGGCGACACUCGGAACACUCUGUAAAGAACAGUGUUUCACUGUUCUGGCUGUAUGCUGUCUUCUUGAAGUACUGAAACUACGGGUGACAAGUUCUCGCAGCACGAGAACACACACUUCGUUACCAUGGCAACGUGGGACACUACUGAGAAGUGGACUUCUUAUGACAGGAGCUGCGUUAAUUGGAGGAUUUCGGCUGAAACUGAUGAGUUCUCAGCUGCCACAGUUCAACAGGUUUGACAAUCCGGCUGCAGUUUCUCCUACCCCAACUCGCCAACUUACUUAUAAUUAUCUUUUGUCACUAAACGCUUGGCUACUUCUUUAUCCAUGUGAUCUCUGCUGUGAUUGGACCAUGGGCUCUAUUCCACUCGUGAAGACAAUAUAUGAUUUUCGUAACUUAGCAACUCUUGUGUUAUAUGUUUUCAUCGUUGUGAUUUUUUGGUGGACUUCCGGAGCAGAGGAAAAACAGCUUUCUAUUUUCAUGGUGAGUUUCAUUGUAUCAACGUUGCUGCCGUCACUGAAGACGGUUGCGAACCUUGGACUAUUCCUCCUCUUGUCAACCCACAUCAUCAAAACUGUCCACCGGAAUAGAGAAUGGGAAAAUGAACAAAGGCUUUUUUCAUCAGGCUUAAAAGUAAAUCCUCUAAACGCGAAGUUAGAUAACAAUAUGGGCAAGGUUUUGGAAGCACAACAGCGCCACGAGGAGGCGCUGAAUUACUAUAAUCAAGCCAUCAAAAUGCAGCCCAACGAUGUUCGCGGGUUUCUCAACAGCGGGCGAGUUUUAACGUUUCUCCGGAGGUAUCAGGAAGCAGAAGAUAUAUAUUUAAAGGCUAAAGCUAUGUUACCUCAGGCUGAAAAUCCUGCCGAAACGGAAACCCACGUGACUCCCAGUCACCUGCAGGUGUUUUUAGGCCUCGCUUCUUUGUUAUCGAGGAAUACCAGUCGCUUGGAAGAAGCUGACGCCCUUUAUCGAGAAGCUAUACGACUACGUUCUGAUUACACAGCUGCUUACCUGAAUCGCGGUGACGUGCUUUUAAAACUGAACAGAAGUAAAGAGGCUGAAGAUAUGUACAUCCGGGCUCUGCAGUUUGACGCUGACAACCCCAAUUUAUACUACAAUCUUGGUGUUGUACUAAUGGACCAGGGGAGGAGUGAAGAAGCCUUGACUUUCUUUAGCAGAGCCUUAGAACUAGAACCACAACAUAAGCAAGCCCUUCUCAACUCAGCAAUGUUACUCCAAGACAGAAACAUGCAGAAAACGAAAGAAGAGGCGAGCAAGAGUUGGUGGCAGGCCCGCCUUGACAGGACGGUGGGGGCAACAGCACAGGGGCCCGGGCGAAUGAAACCUGGUUAUGCCGUAAAUCAACAAAGCAUCUUUAGGUUUCACAAGGCCACUGAUGGUGUAACUCAAACAGAAGAUGUGUAUUUCAGCCUGGGAAUGCUAGCUUUAGAAAACGGAAACUCUGAAACUGCUGAGCGCUGGUUCCGUAAAGCUGUUGAGAUUAAACCCAGUGACCGAAGCGCCCUCUUCAACCUUGCAUUGCUGCUUACGGAAGAAAAUCGUCACUCCGAAGCUCUUGAGGUUCUUCAACAACUGUUGCAGCAUCAUGCUACCCAUGUAAAAGGACUCCUUCUACUGGGAGAUAUCUACGUAACACAGCUGGAAAACCUGGACGGGGCGGAAACGUGUUACCAGAAGAUCCUGGAAGUUGACCCCCAAAACGUCCAAGGUCUACAUAAUCUGUGUGUGGUUUAUCUUCACAGAGGUCACUUGAAACAAACAGAAGAAUGCUUUCUUAAAGCCUUGAAUCUUGCCCCAAGAGCUGAAUAUAUUAAGCAUCAUCUUCAAUUGGUCCGAUCUCAAAUGCUAAAACAAAAUCAACCAAUGGGAGUUACUCAAAAGAAUUUACGUCAUUUGAAGUUUUCUGGGUCAAUAAGAUGAUCAGUAAAUCUAUGAAGCAAUACUAUCAACAAGCUGCUACUUUUCUUAACUGAGAGAAAAAUUUAUGUCAUCGCAAAAACCAAGCCAAACAUACUAUGGGACAGAAGGCUAGAAACCUGGAAUUUCAGACGUCAAGCAACAGCGAUAAUUUGUAAUUUGAAAGUAAUUUCUUUGAAAAUCGUCACGUGCGAAGACAACUUCUGUAGUAAUUAUAGCAGAAAAUGAAACAUAUGAUUCAUUGAUUGCUCGCUAUUUUGAUGCUACGUGACGUUAUAAAUCGUUCUUCUCUAUUUACUGGAAGUGGUAUUUACUGUUUAGAAGGAUUUUGAUUAGAAAAAUGAUUUACUGACAGUUUCUGUGAUAAGUUAUAUAGACAGAAAAAUGCCAGAUUUAAAAUAAAUAUGUGUGUGUGUGGUUAGAUGUGUGCAGAUGUGACGAUUGUGCUGCUCUAUCUUGUAACGAGAACAGAGUCGACACUCCAAAUCAUCUGUGCUGUAAUCAAAGAGAACAUAUACAAAUAAAAUCCACCUUUUCCGUUACUUGCAAGUUUUUAUAUUGGUGUAAAAUCGAGCUUACGUUAUUUGAAAAUGUUAUUAUAAGUAGGGUGAUUUUUAUGCCUUCCUUGGCACUGUCAUGUGUAAAGAAAUAAAUCAGAAAUCAAAGAAAUGGAUCAAAAUUAUUUUAAUAAUGAAAUGGAAUUUAUUUGAUGUGGUGUAUCUUCGAUUCCCUACAUAUAUAUAUCUAUAUAUAUAUAUAGUAUUGUUCUCUGUAUUGUUCUUGUUAUAAUUUAGACAUGGAAUAAGAACUGGUAAUGUUAACUAAUUUUGCGUUUUAAUCUUGAAAUGGCGUUCUUUUGUUAGGCUUAACUGCUUUACUUUACUAAAAACUUAUAAAGUUGGAUAAUUUUGCCUUGUUAUUUUGAAUCAACGUUCUUACGUUAGGCUCAGCUGCUUCACUUCACUAAGAACUGAUAAAGUUUGUAAUUUUCGUUUUUAUCGUGAAGAGAUGUUCUUUCUUUAGGCUUAGCUUCUUUGAUUAGAAGGAACUGAUUUUGCGUUUUUUAUCUUUGAGCAACUUUUCUUUCGUUAAGCUUGGCUGCUUUACUUGAUACAUGCGUUCAAUGAAGUAGCAAUGUUUAAGUCUAAGAAAGAAAUCCUAAUCGGCAUUAAGUAAGAAUCGUUUAUAGUCUUUAUGAAAGUGAUGUCCUUUCACACUUUACUGUUUUCAUAUGAAUAACUAUCUGAUAAUCUGAAAAUCCUAAAUUUUUCUUCUGAACAAAUUCUACAAUAUUUCUUUAAGUAAUACUGCUACCUGGUGGAGAAAUUUAUUCAACAAUUAUUCAUCUGUUUGUACUUUGUUAGAGUAUAGUAUGUAGAUAAUGAAGAUUAAUAUUAUGUACAUCAAGCAUAGUACAUAUAAGAAAUAAGAUUUAUAACCAUUGUCUCGAAGCCUGAAAGAAAAAUUAAUAACUUCAUCUGACUGCACUUCGAGAAAUGUGUAUGUAAUAUAUAUAAAUAUAUAUAUAUAUAAUAUUUAAAAUAAACUAAUCAUAUUAUCUCUUC